AUGACAACCUCAUCACCACUACCGCAACUGGAAUCAUCACUGUUAUCAAUGUCAUUGUCAAACAAUACUCUCCCACCUGUACUAACAUCUCUCCUAAGACUUGAACCACUCAUCGUAUCAUACAUUGAAAUGACAAUAGUCAUCAUCUACUUGUUCAUCACUAUUGGUCUACUCCUCUUUAUCAUUUACUUCCUGCUCAAGUUGAGGCGGGAAAGGGGAAAUUUAAUGAAAAAUCAAAAAAGAAUUAUUUAUGGAGUGUUGGUUAUGUGUUGCUUGGAAAUUGUCUUGUUAAUUUCGAGGAUUAUUUUCGAUAGUCUUAACAUUUCAUUUGGAUUCAGAUAUCAAGAUUAUUUUUCGGAUAGGUAUGGAAAUAAUGAAACAAUAAUUGAGGGUUUUCAAACUCUACUCUGGUUCAACAAUACACUCGGACUAACACCCCAUGAAGUUGGAAUUCCAUUCGAACAAAUUGUCAUUUAUGCAAUUGCAGAAUCCCUUGAAAUAUGUAUGGCAUUGAUGAAUGUUCAAGUGAUGGUCAUUAUCGUUUGGUUUGUAACGUUGGUUUUCAUUGAAACAUUUAGACUCUCGAGUGGAACACUUCGAUCCAAAAAAUUAUUUUACUUUACAAAAAUUGUAACAAUUUUUACAGGUAUUAAUUCAGUUGGAUUGGUUUUGAUUACUGUAUUUGUGAGUAUUGUCACUAUUUUAAAUAGAUUGGCCUAUGCUGGAGAUGAUUUGGUCACGUACGGCUAUAUUUUAUGUUUUAUAAUAUUUGUGUUGGAGGUGACAACUCAAAUUACAAUGUUGGUGAUUGCAGCAUAUGCAGUUCUUAAAACAAUUUCAAAAAUAGCUGAAGAUCAAAAAAAGAAGAGAAAUUCCAUUGUUAAAGUACUAAUUUUACAAAGUGGAUUAUUUGGAUGUUUUCUAUUCGAAGCUUUUGCAGGUGGCAGUGGUGUUGCUCAACAAGAUCCAGCACUCAGUCAUUUUGCACUUGGAUAUUCAAUAUGUAACACUUUGGGAAUUCUUGUUUUUGCAUUCACUGCUUUGGCUCUCUACACACCCAUUCACCUUCUCAAGGAAAAUCAAGGAUCUGAUCAGAAUGGUACCACCAGUAGUAUCAGAUCUAACAAUUCAAAACACAUUCAAUCUGCCAGGAAUACCAGUAGUACCCAUAAAUACAGUAAAAAUCAAAGUGGUGGUGGUGAUGGUGUGAGAUGUGAAUGUGGUGGAUUUGGAAGGAAGUGA